AACCCAUCCGCGCGGAGAGAGAGAGAGAGAUGUUCUGAGCGAGAGGCUCCUGUAGCCCCCCCUCGGGAAAACAAAAACACCGGAGCCAGAAAUGCCCUACAGCCCAGCUGCGGACUGCCUUAACAGGCUCAUGUGACGAUUUUCUUAUGGUUAUAAUUUGUUUAAAUUAUUAUUUUCGGCAUCGAUCUUUGGCCGUUUUGACGUUAGUGUACUGGCUAAUUGGUUAGCCAUCGAUUGAUGUGUGUUGUGGCUGUGAGCUGGUUUAUAGUGUUUGCUAUCCGGCCCAACAACAUACUGCUGAUAAUAAGGCUCUUAUCCGCGGCUUUUGUGCCUCGGAGUUUCUUCAUCCAGCAAAGACCACGAAGAAACUGGAGCAAAAUAAGAAGAAUGGGUGCGUUCUUAGACAAGCCAAAGAUGGAGAAGCACAAUGCUCACGGGGAGGGGAACAGCCUCCGCUAUGGACUCAGCAGUAUGCAGGGAUGGCGUGUGGAGAUGGAGGAUGCACACACGGCUGUGAUGGGGCUGCCUUACGGCCUCGGCCUUUGGUCCUUUUUUGCCGUUUACGAUGGGCACGCAGGCUCUCAGGUUGCCCGUUACUGCUGUGAGCAUCUGCUGGAACAUAUUACCAGCAACCCAGACUUCAGGGGAGGGUGCUCAGGAGGUGCGGAGUUAGUUGGUUCCGGGCCCUCUGUGGAGAGUGUGAAAUGUGGAAUCCGCACAGGCUUCCUGCAAAUCGACGAACACAUGCGGGCCAUGUCCGAACGCAAGCACGGGGCGGACCGCAGUGGCUCCACGGCGGUGGGCGUGAUGAUUUCCCCUCAUCAUUUCUAUUUCAUCAACUGCGGUGACUCCAGAGCCUUACUGAGCCGCAAGGGUCGCGUUCACUUCUUCACCCAGGACCACAAGCCAAGUAACCCACUGGAAAAGGAGAGAAUCCAGAACGCAGGUGGUUCUGUUAUGAUCCAGAGGGUCAACGGCUCCCUCGCCGUCUCCCGCGCUCUCGGCGACUUCGACUAUAAGUGCGUGCAUGGAAAAGGCCCCACUGAGCAGCUGGUGUCCCCGGAGCCAGAAGUGUAUGAGAUCGAACGCUCUGAGGCCGACGAUGAAUUUGUGGUGCUGGCUUGCGAUGGGAUAUGGGACGUCAUGGCCAACGAAGAACUGUGUGAUUUUGUGCGCUCACGCUUGGAAGUGACCGACGACCUGGAGAGAGUGUGUAAUGAGAUUGUGGACACCUGUUUGUACAAGGGUAGUCGAGACAACAUGAGUGUGGUGCUGGUAUGUUUUCCUGGUGCACCAAAAGUCAACCCAGAAGCCGUGAAGCGAGAGGCGGAGCUAGAUAAGUACCUGCAGAACAGAGAGGGUGGAGCAUGUAAAAAGGCGAAUAAAUAAAAUGUAUUACAAAGACGAAGAGAGAGAGUUAUAGAAAGUGAACAUUCUUACUUAAUUAGGUGAGUUUGUUAGAUGGCAGUUUACGCUUGCCUAAUUAAGUAUGCGUUACAGUUAACGUAAAGUUUCCAAUUAACGAAUCCCCAUAUUGGAGAGGAAAGACUCACUGUUACUGUAUUAGCACAGUUAGGACUAUUCAGGAUAAAUUUACCAGAGAGAAACACAACAGUGUGAAUUUAUUUGAGCUUGUAUUGAUAAUUAGAGGCCUUUGAUUAUUUAUUGCCAAUAUUGAAAAGCACUUAACCAAUUUAGAGGUAGCCUGUAGCUUUACCAGAGAUUUUAUUGUAGUGUAUCCAAAAAUCCUCCGCUCCAGUGUGUAUUAAACGUCUGUAUUGGCGUAUUAUUAGCUACUAAGUGAUGGUAAGUGCAAUUGUAGAUUAGGAAAAAGGAAUGACAAAACCCAAUAAUUGGUUCUGCACUUUGUCAUUAAACGCUGCUAUAUUUCAAGGCAUCUUCUAUUAAGAGAGAGACCAAAUUCGAGACCUCAGUUAGAAUACAAUAUGUUUAUGUGUCCGAACAGAAUUAAUACAAAGUGUAGUUUUGCGUUCUAUUCGUGACAGUUUGUUAUUUGGAUAGUUGUAUUCAUCAACUCGUAUGAGCAUGUGUUUAAGUCUAGCACCCGUUUCAUUCGCAUCUUUCUAAAAAAGUCGUUCUAGAUGAGUGUAUGUCAGGCCUCCACUGCUGAUUACCUGAAAUUGUAGCUGACACUACUGUACAUGGCCUGAUGGUGCAGUUUUGUGUCUACAGCAGUGGCCAUGAGCAUUUUAAUCUGCAUGAUUCCUGUUCUGUAAUAUGGAACAUUGUUGCCUUAGUCCUAAUUUACAGCGAGUACCUUGAUUAGAUUCGAUAGGUAAGUUAGCAUUUGGUUCCCAACUCCAACUGCUUGGAAGAGUAAUAUUAAAUCCAAUGAACACAUGGUACUGAAAGCAUGCACAGUACGGAUAGCACGAUAAGUUGUGUACACCUCCUGCAUGGA